AUGAUUAUGGAUGCAGUUCCAGCAGUGCAAAAAAAAAGGAGAAGGGAUUUCAUACCUUACUUUUUGGGUUUUGUCCUUUUUUUGUAUGCGUCUAUUCAUCUUAUAUCAUUUACAGCAAAAAGAACUCAGGAAAACUACCCUGCAAGGGUGCGUCGGGCUCUUGAAAAUGAAACAGAAUGCAUCGCACCACAAGCCUCUGAGUUCCCUGAAGGCUUCUUCACGGUGCAGGAGAGGAAGGAUGGGGGCCUUGUCAUUUAUUUUAUGAUCAUAUUCUACAUGCUUUUGGCUGUUUCCAUAGUCUGUGAUGAUUACUUCCUGCCUUCUCUAGAAGUAAUAAGUGAACGUCUGGGACUGUCUCAAGAUGUGGCAGGAGCUACAUUUAUGGCAGCAGGGAGUUCUGCACCUGAACUGGUCACAGCUUUUUUGGGUGUGUUUGUGACCAAAGGGGACAUUGGGAUCAGCACCAUUGUGGGGUCUGCUGUAUACAACCUGCUUGGAAUCUGUGCAGCCUGUGGACUUUUGGCCUCUAUGGCAGGGUGUCUCACCUGUUGGCCUCUGUUCAGGGACUGCCUGGCAUAUGGAAUCAGCGUUGCUGCCGUUAUAGGGAUCAUUACCGAUAACAAGGUGUUCUGGUAUGAAGCAGCCAGUCUACUGCUGGUCUAUGGGGUCUACAUUGUGGUUCUGUGCUUUGACCUCCGCAUCAGUGAGUUUGUCCUAAGGAAGCUGAGCCCAUGCUGCACCUGUCUUGGUUCGAAAUCUGUUGAAAAACCUGAGACACAGCCUCUAAUGGGUUGGAACGAUGACAGCAGCCUUCGAGUCCACGUACGCUCCAGAACAGACAGUGGUAUCUUUCAAGAUGAUUCAGGGUAUUCUCACCUGUCGCUCAGCCUGCAUGGCCUCAACGAGAUCUCUGAAGAUCAAAAAAGUGUUUUUGCUGUACCAGAGAGCGACAUAAAAAGGAUCUUAUGGGUUUUGUCUCUGCCAAUCAUCACUCUACUCUUCCUCACCAUUCCUGACUGCAGACGACGUUUCUGGAAACAAUGGUUCAUGAUAACUUUCCUUAUGUCAGCAGUCUGGAUCUCAGCUUUCACAUAUGUGCUGGUCUGGAUGGUCACUGUUGUAGGGGAAACCCUCAGCAUACCAGAUACAGUUAUGGGACUCACUUUGCUUGCUGCUGGAACCAGUAUACCCGACACUAUAGCCAGUGUGAUGGUGGCUAGAGAAGGGAAAGCUGACAUGGCCAUGUCCAACAUAGUGGGCUCCAAUGUUUUUGACAUGCUGUGCCUGGGCCUACCUUGGUUCAUCAGGACUGCCUUUGUGGACACUAACACCCCAGUAGAGGUCAACAGUACCGGACUGCUCUUCAUUUCAUCCAUCCUACUUUUGUCCAUUGUCUUCCUCUUUGUGGCAGUGCACAUCAACAGCUGGAGGCUGGACUGGAAGUUGGGGAUUGUUUGCCUUAUUUGCUACGUCCUGUUUGCCACUCUGUCGAUUUUAUACGAGUUAGGGAUUAUUGGGAACAAUCCCAUACGACUGUGCAGUGAUUGAAACCUGACCUUCUCAGGAUUGGAAGCAUAUUUCCUGAGACUAAAAGCCCAAACAGCUUUAAAAAAAAAAAAAAAAAAAAAGUUAAGCUGCUGAGAUCAAGAAAUGUCAAGGAGCAAUGGCACCAGUUAUAAUACCACGCCAAAGUACGCCAGCUUGGCCAUCACUCUAGACUUUACGUAAGAUUUAACAAAAGGUGAAAAUGUGUUAAACUCAAAUAAAGUGUCAGCUGAUAAGAUUUUAUAAGUAGGGUUGACGAGUCAUAAAUGGUAAAAAUAAAGCUCUACUCAUCCCAUUACAAACAGCCUACUCCCUGACAAGUCAAAGUCAUGUUUAUGAGUAAAAAUAAAAUUCGACAGAGGGAUUAUAACAAUGGGAGUUUACCCCCCCCUCCCACACACACACCAAUGUACAAAACUGUGCAGUUUUUUUGUGCUCUGAAAUAUCUAUGAUAAACUCUGUGAAGGUAACAAACAGAAGAGCUGAGGAUCGACACGCAGGUUGAAUAAGUUAACAAGCAUAAAGUUUAAAAAUUAAAAAGUUUAUUUCUUCAAAUAAACCUCCUGA